ACCUCUCUCGUGAGUGAGAGAGAGGGAGAGAGAGAGGCAUCCAUAAUCCCAGGGCACAGCCCAUAGCAGAGCACAGAACUGAUUGCUCUGUUGGUCUUCUUCCUUAAUACUCACUCACUUUGCUUCUUUCAAUUCAAUCUUCCUUUCCUUUCGACUUUAUCUCAUCUUUUGCUCUGUUUUUUUUUUUUCAACACACCAACCCAACUCUAUAUCCCCCUCUCUUAUCCGAUUCUCUAACCAAAAUAAAAGCACUUAUUUUGUUUACAACCAUCGAACCUUGACGCCUUUUCAUCUUCCUUCCAGUUCCACGCAGGUCAUAUUGGAUAAGAUUUUAUGCCUUACAAUUGGCCUUACACUACAAGAUUGGAUUGCAUUGGGGCUUGCUUCAAUCUAGCUUAUUGUCACUAGUAGAAAAGCUUCAAUUCUUUGAAGAUCCUUGUUUAAAAUCUUCCUCCUACGCCUCCUGAUUUCCAGGUAAAAAGAGUUGAAUGGUUCGAUAAUUUUCCCGUCCUCUUUUUCAGUUUUUUUCUGGUUGUAUGUGUAAUGUGAGCUACAUAUUUUGGUAUUUAAUGUAAGAGGAUGUAAGAGAUACAUCUGUUUUUCUGUCUGUUUUUGCUGGCAGAGUUCAUUGAUUUGUUUUGGAUUAUAAGAACUGAUGGGGAAGAAAGUCAGAAAGAAGAGCCGAGGUUCUGUUAAGGAGAAGGUGGUUGCUACCCAUUCGCCAAAAAAGGUUAUGGAAUCGUGCAACCCGACUGUUGAGUCUGUUGAUGAGGGGGUUUUGGUUGCAAAAGAGACAAAUUCUUGCCCUCAUAUCGUUAAAGGUAUUAAUUUAAAUAGAUUGUCUAGUAAGAUUGGGUCUUCUGGAUCUAUACGGUGUGAAGAUUGUAGGGAAGGUGCGGCUGACAGGAGGGCUAGUAAAGGAAAAGGUAAACACGGGAAGAAGAAAGGUAGUGCGUCAUUGGAUUCAAAAUCUGAGUCAAAGUCUAUAUGGGUUUGUUUGGAGUGUGGUCAAUAUACAUGUGGAGGUGUGGGGUUACCAAUAAUCCCUCAUUGCCAUGUGGUAGGGCAUGCGAGGCAAAAGAAACACCCCUUGGUGGUUCAUUUUGAGAAACCUCAACUGUGUUGGUGUUUUCCUUGCAAUAUGCUUAUUCAAGUUGAUAAAAUUGAAAAAACUGAUGAAACAAGUCAUCUUCUACCUGAUGUGGUGAAAUUGUUGAAAGGACGAUCAUCGGGAAAAUCAGCGGUGGAUAUUGAGGAUGUUUGCUUUGUGGAUGGCAGUGUUACUUCUGAAAUUAAAUCAGGAACCCCGUCCCCAAGUGAUUCAUAUGUACAUGGUGGUUAUGUAGUUAGAGGUCUGGUUAAUCUUGGGAAUACUUGCUUUUUCAAUUCAAUCAUGCAAAAUUUGCUAGCUAUGAAUAGAUUGCGGGAAAAUUUUCUGAAGUUAGAUGCUCCUGUUGGGCCACUGAUUAGUUCCUUGAAGAAGCUAUUCACUGAAACGAACCCAGAAUCAGGAUUGAAAAAUAUUAUAAAUCCAAGAUCCUUUUUUGGUUGUGUAUGUUCUAAGUCCCCCCAAUUUCGAGGAUAUCAGCAACAUGACAGUCAUGAAUUGCUCUGUUGUUUACUGGAUGGAUUGAACACUGAAGAACUAGCUGGAAGGAAACAGAAUGGUUCUCUGAAGAAAGAUGGGACCUCUUCCAAUACUUUAGUUGAUGCUUUAUUUGGAGGUCAGAUAUCUAGUACUGUAUGUUGCAUUGAGUGUGGGCAUUUCUCAACAGUGUAUGAGCCUUUUUUAGAUCUUUCCCUGCCUGUUCCAACUAAGAAACCUCCACCUCGAAAGGCCCAACAAGUAACCCGAACCAAAAAGGCAAAACUUCCACCAAAAAAAGUCGGAAAGACUCGAGUCAAAGUUAACAGGGAUGCUGAUCCCUUAGCUGCUCAAAGUCUAUCAAACCAAUUAUCCAGCAGUGAAUCAUCCUGCCCUGGUCAGUCCAUCAUAUCAACUGCUGGAGAGGGGGCGGCUUCUUCUGGUGAUUCUACAGUGUUAGGUUCUGAAGAAAUAAGCAAUGUGGCUGAUAAAGAGGAUUUGUCUUCACCUAAAUUAAUUACUGUUGGAGAGUCUCAGCAUAUGCAAGUGCUUGAAAAUGGUGCAAAGAAAAUGUCUGUUUCGUCGGAUGAUUUUGCAUGGUUGGAUUAUGUGGAAGCUGGAGCCAUGGCAGAUGAAUGUGCUUCCAUUUCUCAGAUGGAGAAUGCUCCAGAGGUACAGGAUACCGAGAGCAAGGAUAAAUGUUUAAAUGAAUUCCCGAUACAGGCUAGCUGUGAAUCUAGUGGUCCUUCUUGUUUCCUUAGGGAGGAUCAAAGCCUUAGACCAGAUUCUUUAGUGAAUGGUUUGGAAGAUGAGGUUCCACUACAAGUUCAAGGUUCAGAAGUAUUGUUACUUCCAUACAAAGAUGAAAGUUUGUCUGCUGGUGAGAUAAUUGGAAGAGAUGACGAGGCCUCCUCAUCAGUUUUAGGUGGUGGUCAAGAAGUAUUGGAGUUCGAUGGAUUUGGUGACUUAUUCAAUGAACCUGAAGUUGUUGCUGGACCUGCUCCUAGACCUUCUUCAUGUAGUGAGGUCAUGGAAGCUGGUUUUAUCAUUGGAAACAACAGUGAGUCUGAUCCAGAUGAAGUAGAUGAUACAGAUUCUCCAGUCUCUGUAGAGAGUUGCUUGGCACAUUUUAUUAAACCUGAGCUUCUCUCAGAUGAAAAUGGUUGGCAUUGUGAGAACUGUUCAAAAAUUCUCCUACGUCAAAAGAUGGAAACAAAAAAGCAGGCAAAAACUUUAUCUGAUGGAAAUGAGACUGGAUGUCAUGAUGAACCAUGUCAUGCAGCUAACUCUUGUUCUGUUAAAGCCAGAACCCUUGGUAAUGGCGAUAUUAAAAAUGACAAAAAUAUAGAAAGUUCAGUUUUGCAUUCUAAGCAUGGGACAGAGCUUGAAAAUGGUCAAACAAAUGAGCUGGGUUUAAUUGUUAAUGAAAGGGAUCGUGGGGCAUUUAAGAUGGUAGAUACUCGUAAUGAGGAAUUACAGUCUUCAGGUUUUCAUAAAGCUUGCAAUAAAGAAAGCUGCAAGCAUUCAGCUGCUGAUUCUUGUAUUAAUUUGCGUAUGACUGAAAUUGUCCAAAGAAGAGAUCCUCAGAUGUUAGAUCAUGAUAACAAUGACUCAGAAGAAUGCGACGAGGCCAAAAGUAUGAAAGUGAAGAGGGAUGCAACUAAGAGAGACCUCAUUUAUAAAGCUCCGCCUGUCUUGACCAUUCAUCUGAAGAGAUUCAGCCAAGAUACCCGUGGUCGCUUAAGUAAAUUAAAUGGUCAUGUCGAUUUCAGAGAAGCAAUGGAUCUUAGACCAUAUAUGGAUCCCAGGUGUGUAAAUGAAGAGAAGUAUGAAUACCACUUGGUUGGUGUUGUGGAGCACACGGGAAAUAUGAGAGGGGGUCACUAUGUUGCCUAUGUGAGAGGGGGCCAGAGGAACAGAGGGAAGGCUGAUAAAGAGAAUGAGGGUUCCACAUGGUAUCAGGCCAGUGAUGCAUAUGUGCGUGAAGUUUCCCUUGAUGAAGUUCUUCGCUGUGAGGCAUACAUUUUAUUCUAUGAAAAAAUUUGAGGGGACCGUCUACUUUCUAGAUAAUUUAUAUUUGAGGUAGAGAUAGAGGUUUACAAAAUUUAGGAGAGAGACAGAGAGGGAGAUAAAUCAUUGCAGGUGAGUGUAAAAGCAAUUACCGUAUAUUGUAUACCAUUUUUUCAACACGUAUGAUAUCUCGAAUGUACAAUUCCAUAUCAUACAAUCAAAGUCAAAAUUUCCCCUUACCUUUUUUCUGUACCAACUGUCAAGCAAAUUUCAGACAUUGUGUGUGUGUGUGUGUGUUUUUUUUUUUUUUUAUAAA